AUGAGGCAGAAGAGCGAGCAGCUUGACAGGCGGAGCACCUGUGCUUGGCUGUCAGACAGUCCAUGCGUGACUGUGCUGCCAUCUCUGGGGGGGAACAACGACUCUGUGACAAAGGUUCCCUGGCGCUGCUCUAGGGAGCCCAAAUGUCGAGGCAGAGGAGGAAUGGAAGAAAGCUAUGAGACAUUUGAGGAGGAGUUAUGGCCACCAAGUGCAGAACCUCCUCCAGAGAAGCCUGUUCGACAGAUCCGCAGAUCAGAAAUGCACGCUUCAAGGACAGUCAUGGAGGAAGGGAUUUCAGUUCAACAGCAACCGAGAUCUGAACACAAGACUUUACCUAGAGAGCCCAGCUUUGCCAAAACCCCAUCCUUGCGCAAAUCCUUCUCCAUCCAGAACCUGACUCAGAUAGAAACACCAUGGGAGAAUGUUACCCUCAAUCGUUGUCUCUUCGUGGCCAUUACCAUUUUGGUGCUCACCUCAGGUUGUCAGAGGCUUCAUGAAGCCUUUUGUGGUGAGGGAAAAGAGAAGGAAGAAGAAGCUGCACUAACAAGACGUUCAGGAAUAUUACGACACAGAGGCCAGCUGCCAGAGCCAGAGACAUCACUGUGGGAAGUCAUGUUUUCUUGGCUGCCUAACCUUGAUGAUGAAGAUGAUGAUGAGGAUGACGAUGAAAAGAUCAAGAAAGGGAAAUCAAAGAGAAAAGUGACAACACGAGAACUGAGAGGUCUCAGAAACAGGCGGCUACCAGACAAAAAAAUCUUAAAGCAAAAAGAUGAGAAGUUAAAGGACAAGAGGGCCAGAAAAGCCGGGGACGAAGAAGUCAAAGACAAGAAAGGCAGAGUGGAAAAAGAAGACCCCGAGGAGGCUGAAGAUGAGAAGGAUGAAGAAGACGAGCAGAUGGCUCCCAAGAAAAUUAAGUUGGAAGAAAAGAAAGACAAGAAAAAGAUUAAAAAAGGUUGAUUGUGGCAGAUGUUACAGAAAUGUAUUUUGUACAAAAAAUACUAGACAAACUGCAGAACAGGCUCAGCAUCAGCAGUUCGUGUUACAGCUUAGUGUUGCUCUCCUGGAUGGGUGUGGUUUUUAUUUUAAAAACAUGUGAUCGGUUGGUUAAAUUUGGUUUGUUACUUGUAAUAAACGCAGUCAAGUUUGGUUAAACGAUGACAGUACAGUAUGUAGCAAGACAUUAUGAAAAAACAAAAAACCUAACAAUAAGUAAUUAAAAAUAUGUAUAUUUGGCCAAAACUGGAGUUAUGUUGUCUACAAGUUGCUUCAGACAUAAGUUAUAAGGUUACUUCUCAGUAAAUUCAAUCUUUU